CUUCGCUCGCAUCGAAGAUAUCUGUGCAGUUGCUGUCAGAUGACACUCUUUUAUGAGUAGUGAUGGAGUUUUUUUACCAUUAAGCAAUCGCUCCAUUCGAUCAUAUGCGCCCUCGACAAAUGGAAUGCCUCCGAAUUCGAACGCACGAGUACAAUCAUUCGUACCUACGUUGAUAAGAUGACCUUCGUGUUGCUUAUCGGGAAAAUCGCCGUGGGCUUUCGAUCCCACCAUGUUGACAGACUGUCCCGAUACGCGAAGCCAGUUUCGAAGUUUAUGCCGAUAGCCUUCCAUGUUGGAAGAACCGUAACCUUGGGUGAUACUGGCUCCCAAGGGCAUAAUUCGCAACAAAGGCUUACCAUCCUGGCGAGGAGACAGAUGGGCAACAGUAUCAUCAGUCACGUUCAAAACCUGAGAGAGAAUCUCUUCAUGGCGCUGAACGUGCUGAUGGCGGUGGUGAUGGUGGUGAUGCUGAUGGCGGUGAUGGUGACCGUGAGUGUUGGGCAACGCAGUUGAAGCGUCAAGGAAAGCGCCCACGAAAAAAAGAACUGAAAAAACGAAUGAAUGAAACAUGGCGAGCCUUAGGAACAAUCCAUGUGAGUUGU